GGGCGUAAUCAGACAUGAGUAGUCAAUUACCGGGUUAAAAACAGAACGCGAUCCUCAAAACUUUUGUAAAAUCUUUUAUCGAUUUGCUCUCGAGAUCAAAAGUGGUACGAAGGCUUGAAAGAUAACGCGCAGUGUACAAAUAUGUGAACUGAGUGUUUACAAGUUGGAGUUGUUUUACAGCCUUGCCGCAGAAAGAGUUUACUCAAGAAAUGAGCACCGAGCCGCAGGCCCUCAGCGCGUGAAAGGCUAUCACCAUGGCGACGCAGUUCAGUAUCGAUGAUGCCUUUGUACUGGAGGGGGAUGAGGAGGGAGCUGUGUCUGAUGGAGAGGCGGAGGGAUGGAAAGGCAGAGAUAACGACCGAGAAGGAGGCGAGAUGACAUUUGGUCCUCUCGCUUUCUCCAAACCUCAGACUCAACCCUCACCUGCUGCUGCUGCUGCUGGUUCUCCUGAACACAGUAACCUAAAAUAUCAGAAUCUGGAAAACGAAGAUGCCUUGGGCACCAAUGGAAACUCCUCCUUCAAUAAUUUCUUCAAAAUCAGCGACCCUUCCACGCUGUCCUACUGCAGCUCCCAGUGGUCCUUCAGCACGUUGAGUUCAGUCACACAGCUGUCUGCACACUGCUGCGGGUGGGUGUCCCAUCCGAUGGUGAAGAAAAACAGAAGAGUUGUUCUCGCUUCAUUCCUUCUCCUCAUCACUGGAGUUGCUCUUAUUUUCACGGGUGUUGUCAUACAGCUGAAUCCAAAUGCGGGGGUUUCAAGUGCUAUUUUCUUUGUACCUGGAUUUCUUCUCUUCAUCCCGGGAGUGUACCAUGUGAUAUACAUCAGCUGUGCUGUCCGGGGAAGGAGAGGCUUCAAAUUAUUCUACUUACCCUAUUUUGAAAAAUGACAUUACAUUUUCAGUACAUUUAUUUGUUUGCUAUCUUAAAAUGAAAUGUGUUUUUUUUCACUUGUAGCACAUGUAUGUACACAUGGUUGUUUUUUCUUGUCAUUGUAAUGACCACUACUAAUUCAACCACUCCGUGCAUUCACUAUGUUUUCACUACAUGAACUGAUAUUGCUGUAAUUGUCCACAAAAAGACGGAGAUUGGUCCUGCCUGUGUUUUUAUGUUGUGUGAAUGAUGACUGUGAAAUUAUAAUAAAACUUUUUGUACAUUUUA